GGCCCGCAGAGAGGAUCCAGGGAGCGCCCUCCAGGCCCCCAGAUGCAGCAGGUGCUCACUGAGCAUCUGCUGAGCUGACUCGACCCAGGAGCGCCUAGACUCACUAUGUCUUUCUCCAACCCUGAGGAUACCCCCCAAGAGCCUGAGUCUGAGCCCGAACCCUCAACCUCCAAGCAGAAGAAGAAGAGGAGAAAGCGGCCACAGCAAGAGGCCAGCAUCCACGCCCUCACCAGGGCCGGCCACGGAGCGCUCCUGGCUGGCCAGAGCCACGAAGCCUUGACCAGCUUUGAGAGGGCCUUUGUCCUGGCCUCUGAGGCCCCGCAAUCGCGGGACACCCCCGUUCUCAGGGCCUGUGCCUUCAACCUGGGGGCUGCCUACGUGGAGACCGGGGACCCAGCCCGGGGCCUCGAGCUGCUUCUGCGAGCCCGGCCUGAGGAGAAGGCACAGGGCAGGUGUCAUGGUGACCAGUGUUUCAACGUGGCCUUGGCCUACCAAGCCCUGGGCGACCUGCCUCAUGCUUUGGCCUGGUACCAGAGGGCCCUGGGUCACUACCAGCCGCUGGGUGACCAUGGGCAAGCCCAGGCAAAAAUGGGAGCCUGCUACCAGGCCCUGGGACAGCCGGAGCUAGCAGCCCACUGUCUGCGGGAGGCAGGCCGGGCCUACGCCCAGGCGGGGCAGCCCCAGGCCGCGGCCCUGGCCUUGGGGGCUGCAGCGGGGUGUAUGGUGGAGAGCGGGCGGCACAGGGUGGGCGCCGUGGUGCAGGUGCUGGAGGAGAGCCGGAGGCUUGCGGAGAGGACCCCUGAGCGCAGACUGCUGGGGCGCCUCUAUAACGACCUAGGCCUGACCUACUCGCAGCUCCGGCUGUUCCCGCUUGCCGCGGAGGCCUUCCUGCGGGCCCUGCCCCUGUGCCGGGUGCCGGGAGAGGAGGCCACGGUGCUGAGGAACCUCGGGGUGGCCCACAGUGCCCUCGGCAACCACCGGCAAGCCCGGGACUUCCACCAGAAGGCCGCCGACCUGCAUGGCUCCGCGGGGCAGCGGCAGGAGCAGGGCCGGAGCUUCGGCAGCCUGGCAUUUGCCCUGAGCCAGCUGGGGGACCACAGAGCAGCCAGGGACAGCUACCUCCACGCCCUGCAGGCGGCCCGAGACACCGGGGACGCGAAGGGCCAAUGGCAGGCCUGCGAGGGGCUGGGGGCUGCUGCGGCCAGACUGGGGCAGCACGACCAGGCCCUGACGUACUAUAAGGAGGCGCUGGCUCGGAGUCAGAAGGAGCCGGACUCUGUGCGGGACCGGCUGGUGGCCAAGCUGGCGGACGCCAUGAGGACGCACUUGGCCCAGGCCGGGGUGGUUCCCACGCACACUCUGACUUCGGCUCCAGGGAGGCCGCAGGCUCCAGGCAGGCCGGAAGGGGGCAGAGCGGAAGUGCGGCACAGGUCUUUGGCUGGGUGGGAGGAAGAGGAGUCGGAGGCGAACCAGGAGGAGAGAGAGGACCACACGCCAUCCGAUGUCCCUGAGGCCUCUUGGGCGCAGAGGCUGGAGUGUCCAGGACCCAGGGCCCGUCUCCCGCUUGGAGGCCAAGGCCCCCUCCAGAUGGAGCAUCCUGGCAUUCUGGUACCCAGAGGCCCCCAAGUCAACAGGUCACCCAGAUGGCCCAGGGAAACCCCAGGCAGGAUCCCUCAGAGGAGACCCACCAAGUCUGGCUUCUGUACAAUCAUGUGACUCCACUCUGCUGGCCCCGGAUGCGGUCUCUGUGCUACCUCCGCAGCACACUCACCACGUCCCGGGGAUCUGGGACCAAAUUCAGCGCUGCGUGGACCGGGCACAGAACGCCAUCCACGGAUGGGCUGCCGAGCACGCUGAGCAAGGGCUUUGCGCUCUCGGCUCUGGGAUGCUCAGCUUGCUCCUCACUGGGAGUUUUGGACUCAGGGGACUAACGGGAAACGGGAAAUGCACAGUGAAUUUCCUUCUGGAUGCGAACCCCAUGGCUGCUAAGGCCCUUGCCAGUUCUACUAAAAGCUGUGACUCGUUGGUCUAGAGGCUUUGCAGUCACUGACUGUCUCCGGACCUCUAUUUUCCCAAAUGGGAAAUGGGGAUAUGACCCAGAGGGGACACCUCUGAAUGCACUGCUGAGCCAUCGCGGGCUCAGGAGGCAGCGCCGGCCCAUGUUCUCCACGAAGAGACCUGGCCACACUUUGACAAGUGGCAGGUGUAUGUAUUUUUUAUGUAUUUUUUGCUUUAAGUUGAAAUAAAAGGAUGUGUUCCA